GCAAGUGAAGAUCUCAUUAUCCUCAAUUCUCCCGAACUCUGUUCCUCUUCCCAUGCAUGUCCGCUCCCUCUGCUUCACUCUGAUCUAUUCUUCAAACAUACCCCAAUUUUGAUUCCAUUUUUUUGACUCAUUCUUCUCUGCAUGCUUUCCUUCUUCCUUAAUUUCACCACUGAUUAUUUCUCUCCCUUUUCCUACGUACAAAAUGGAGCUUUUUCCAGUUUCCUCUGUCUUUCUAAAAAAAACAAAAGAAAUCUUCUGAAAUAGAAAAGUCUGUGGAGUUGAUGAAUUCAAAUCUUUUUGCAUGUUUUUGAAAUUAAAAUAUUUUCAUUAGACAAAUGACUCUGACUUGGAAUUAAAUUUAGUACUCCAACUAGAUUUGAUUACAUGGACGAAAGCAAAGACGAUGACGCACGUGCAUGGGAUCAGAAUCCGAGUAGCACACAACCUGUUCGACAAAAUCAAUCCAAAAGCCACCAGCUGAGAACAUAUACAGGGACGCACCCCAAGUGUGGGCCCCACCACCACCAGCUCCGCAAUAAUUGGAGCCUCGAUGAUGGCAUCACUAAUCACAAUCAUAAUUAUGGUUUGCCGCAAGAGGAUUAUUUAUCAAAUGAUAUUAAGGGCUCCUCCGAUUUGAUUAAUCAAAAGAUUGAAGGUAUUGGGCUGGCGGCGGAUGGUUCAGAUGAUAAGAAUCAUGAAUUGCCAUUGCCGGAGUUUGAAGGAACUGGUGGUGGACUUGGAAUCUUUAAAGUCCCAGUUCGUGCCCCUCUUCAUCCUGCACGUCCUUCUUGCCUUGAGCUCAGGCCACACCCCCUCAAAGAAACCCAGGUUGGGAAAUUUUUGAGGACCAUUGCCUGUACAGAGACACAACUAUGGGCAGGGCAAGAAUCUGGGGUAAGAGUGUGGAAUUUUUCAGAUCAGUAUGAGCCUGGAAUGGGAGCUGGAGGUCGUGCAAGGAGAGGGGAUGAGGAUGCAGCACCAUUUUAUGAGUCGGCUGAUAUGUCACCCGCAUUAUGUUUGAUGGUUGAUUCUGGGAAUGAGUUGAUCUGGAGUGGGCAUAAGGAUGGCAAGAUUAGGUCUUGGAGAAUGGACCAGCCUAGUUCUGAUGAUUCCCCUUUCAAGGAAGGCCUCUCCUGGCAGGCUCAUCGUGGUCCCGUUCUUUCAAUGGUGAUAUCUUCUUAUGGUAAUUCAAUGUUUAUCANUGGGAUGAUUUGGAGUGGAUGUUCAAAUGGCUUACUUGUGCAGUGGGAUGGAAAUGGCAAUCGUUUGCAAGAUUUCCAUCAUCAUCCUUGCGCUGUUCUUUGCUUAUGUGCUCAUGGUUCUCGAAUAUGGGUUGGCUAUGUAAGUGGUAUGGUACAGGUCCUGGACCUUGAAGGGAACUUGCUAGCUGGUUGGGUUGCUCACAACAGGCCUGUAAUAAAAAUGGCAGUCGGGGAUGACUAUGUUUUUAGCUUAGCUAAUCAUGGAGGUAUACGUGGAUGGGCCCUCGCCACUCCAGGACCUAUUGAUAACAUAUUACUAUCAGAAAGAGCUGAGAAAAAAUAUUUAUACACCAGAAGAUAAUNCGAUAAUUUUAGGAUUUUGGUAGGUACGUGGAACGUUGGUGAAGGAAAAGCGUCACAGGAAGCACUGGCAACUUGGCUGGGUUCUGCAAUUUUGGAUGUUGGGAUUGUAGUAAUUGGUUUGCAAGAAGUAGAAAUGGGAGCAGGGUUUCUUGCAAUGUCUGCUGCAAAAGAAACUGUAGGACUAGAAGGAACUUCUAGUGGGCAAUGGUGGCAGGAUGCAAUAGGAAAAACUUUGGACGAAGGAUCAACUUUCGAAAGGGUAGGAUCAAGGCAACUAGCUGGCUUGCUUAUUGCUAUCUGGGUGAGAAAAACUCUUAGAGCACAUGUCGGGGACCUUGACGUUGCGGCAGUUGCAUGUGGUUUAGGACGUGCAUUUGGUAAUAAGGGUGGAGUUGGUCUGCGGUUAAGAGUACUUGAUCGGAUUAUGUGCUUUGUGAACUGUCACUUCGCAGCACAUUUAGAAGCAGUCAACCGCCGCAAUGCUGAUUUUGACCAUAUAUAUAGAACAAUGGCUUUCACUCGAUCUUCUAACCUUCUGGACAAUGCUGCUGGU